AUGACCCAAUUAAACGGAAGUGAUAGAGUUAUUUUUGGUAAUCCCAUGAAUAACCAUAAUACCCAGAGUUCCUCGCAACCUCGUUACUAUGUUAACGAACCGUUAGGCAAGCGACCAGCUUGUCAUCAUACUUAUUCGGACAUACUGGAAGGUGCGCCCCGUGCGAAACGUAGAAUUGAGAAGGUCAAUUCGUACUUGCAGAAUUUAAGUCUUUCUCAAAAUCUCCGGAAUCCUACUAUUAUAGAAUCGUCUUCAGAUGAAGAGAUGUUGGAAGAGGAUAGACCAACUUGCUCAACCAACGCCAUCGUAGAAGAACCUGAAGAGAACAGUAGUAUCAAAUUGAAUGACCAACUUCUUAAAUACAUAGCGCUCUGUAAGAAUCAACCUGACGAAAUCCUGAGAAAAAUAAAUGGGCCAGCUAGAGGAGACGAAGUUACUAUUUGGAGGCCAGUUCAGUCGCGUCCGGAACAUGAUCUCCCUAAUAUGGCCGGUAGAAUUCGAGAAAUCGACGAUGAAGAAGAGUUGCCAGAGGAAGUUGAUGACGUCUGUGUUUCUUUUCCUGACGAUACAUCUCCUGAAAUGUCUCCAUAUUCGCGAUCCAGCCUUUCUACAUCGCCGACGCCGCAGAUAGUGGAGUUGACGGAUUCGUCCGCUUCUUCGCCUGCGCACAUGAUGGAGAAUGACUUUGAGAUGGAUACCGAUUAA